ACGAGACACACAGUCAGAUAGUAAGACUGACCUUCGGACCAAAACCAGCACUUCCACUGAGAGAGGGGACACUGGGAAUACUGGAGUAUGACCACUUCUACCUACUGCAGCAAACUGAGUUUGACAAGAACAAAGACUCAAAGUUCAUGUAACUUUCAGGAACAUUACUGAAGGAGGGAGUGGCUGACUGUUUCCUGUCUGAGCGUCUGCCUGCUGUGACUUCAGCUUCACUCAGAGACUAAAUGGCUUCCAGAUUAGAGGACGAUCUCUGCUGUCCUGUCUGCCAGGACAUCUUUAAAGAUCCUGUCAUCCUGUCAUGUUGCCACAGCUUCUGUAAAGGCUGUCUGCAGAGCUGGUGGACAGAGAGAGGAAGUCAGGAGUGUCCAGUUUGUAAGAAAAGACGUUCUAAUGACUGGUUACCUCCUAACCAGGCUUUAAAGAACCUGUGUGACAGUUUCCUACAGGAGAGAGAUCAGAGAGCUUCAGAGGCUCUCUGCAGUCUGCACUCUGAGAAACUCAAACUCUUCUGUCUGGACCAUCAGCAGGCAGUUUGUGACACCUGCAGAGGUUCAGAAAAACACAGCAACCACAGAUUCAGACCCGUCGAUGAAGCUGCACGACAACACAAGAAGGAACUUCAGGAAACUCUGGAGCCCUUAAAGGAGAAGUUAAAGGUUUGUGAACGAGUUAAAGUGAAGUUUGAUCAAACAGCAGAACACAUGAAGGUCCAGGCCCGACACACAGAGAGGCAGAUUAAGGAGCAGUUUAAGAAGCUUCAGCAGUUUCUAGAGGAGGAAGAGGAGGCCAGGAUGGCUGCACUGAGGGAGGAAGAGGAGCAGAAGAGUCAGAUGAUGAAGGAGAAGAUGGAGGCUCUGAGCAGAGAGAUAGCAGCUCUUUCAGACACAGUCAGAGCCACAGAGGAGGAGCUGAGAGCUGAAGACGUCUCAUUCCUGCUCAACUACAAGGCUGCAGUGGAAAGAGUCCAGCAGCGCCCCCUGCUGGAUGAUCCACAGCUGCCCUCAGGAGCUCUGAUAGACCAGGCCAAACACCUGGGCAACCUGGCCUUCAACAUCUGGAACAAGAUGAAGGACAUGGUCUCCUACACUCCUCUGAUCCUGGACCCAAACACUGCUGGUCCAGGAUUCUUCCUGUCUGAAGAUUUGACCAGUGUGAGACGAGGAGAGGAACAACGGCUUCCUGACAAUCCAGAGAGGUUUGAUGAAUACUUCUCUGUUCUGGGCUCUGAGGGCUUUAACUCAGGGACUCACAGCUGGGAUGUCGAGGUUGGAGACAGUAGAUACUGGGAACUGGGUGUGUUAGCAGAGUCUGUCCUGAGGAAGGGAGACAUACUGUCUGGAUUAUUGACAAUAAUGUUCAAUAGAGGUAAAUACUCAGCAGAAUCACCACCAGCUCCACCCACUGAUCUCAGUAAGCAGAAGAAGAAGCCCCAGAGGAUCAGAGUGAAUCUGGACUGGAACAGAGGAAAGCUGUCGUUCUCUGAUCCUGAUACUAACACACACAUACACACCAUCACACACACUUUCACUGACAGGAUGUUUCCAUUUGUUAGCACUUUGGAUUAUCGCCCACUGAAGGUUUUACCAGUGAAGGUCUGUGUGACUGUAGAACAGAAACAGAAAGACUGUAGAACAGCAGGUGGGUUUCGGUGGUGGUUGGGGUCUGUGUGACUCAGUGGUUCUACGAUUGGAUCAUUGAUUACUUGGUUUAAAGUGAAUUUUCUGUGUUGAUCCUGAUCGAUUUGUUUAUAGAUGUGGUGUUUGUAGGUGUGAAGUAUUCACAUUAUCUGUCGUGUGUUUCUGUGCUGCUGCACUCAGUAGAUUAAAAACUCUACUGAAAAAUGUAUGUGAAGUUGUGGAAAAGUCUUGGACUUGAACAGUAAACUAAGUUUGAGAAGCUUUUGAAAAAAAUAAUUAAAUAUGAAGAGUAAAAUAUCUCGAGUUUGUUUGAAGGACUUAUUUUUCGUUAUUGUCGUCCUCUCUGAUCACUGAUGUAUUUCUACUAUUUCUAUUCUUUGAAUUCAUAAGUAAAUUCAUGUUGAUGCGUGUUUUCAGUGAAUGGUAAUUAUUAAGUGCUUUGUUGUUAAAAUGAAAUGCACUGCAGAAUGUUCUGUUAGAGUUGAAGUUUAAACCUGUUUUAUCUUAACGUAGGUGGUUUAUUAUCAGUCGGGAGAGAAAACCAGAACAAACUCCAUUGAAAGUUGGUCAGAUUAUUAGAAUAUAACGGGCUUGUGCAAGUUUGGACAGAAGGAAGGACCUUUUUCACUGUGUUUGUGAUAAAAUAAGUUUUAGAGGGAGAUGAAACGGCUCUGGAGAAGUGAGUCAUUGUAGGUUUGCACCCUGACAAAUAUCACACAUGUAGGAAACAUAUAGAGAUAUAUUUACAGUAUAUAUAAAAUUUUUGCACUACUCAUGUAUUUUCUUAAAUUCUCUGUUUUCUCUUUUACACGUGUGAUUUUCUUUGUGCUGUUUGAGCAUGGCUGGAA